GUCAGCCUUGACGCAAGCGCCCCUGCCAAUGCAGCAUGGCGUCGGAAUCAAGCAUUGUUCGCCUGGACCAACGUUAGGAUUUUCCGCAAUUCUCGGCAUAAAGCCAAUUCCCGAGAAUAGCUGCGCGAAAAUGUGAUCUACUCGCCCAUCGGAUCGUCACCGCGAUUAGUUUCGCGACGUACAUGAAGCAAGGACCAGGUCCAACGAGAUGACCGCGGAUGUACGCUUCGCUGUCACGUGCUUUCUGCUUAUCGCGUUGAUAACCCUCACGAGUGCAGGUCAGCUAUCGAUGAAAGAGCAUCGAACUCAGGCGGCUUCCGAAAAAGCUAACGAUCUAUGGUGCUACCAGUGCUUUACUAUGGACAGCGAUGAGAAGUGUAUCAAUCUCACUGACAAUACCGGCAAUUCUAGCACUUUCAGGCAUAAAUGUCUGGAUGACAAAAGAAUGUGCAUGGUGAAACGAUUUUCCUAUACCUUGAGCACCGAGAACUCGACCUCUAUGCCGCAAACGUGGUCCGUGGAAAGGAACUGCACAAAUAAGUGCGAACCAGGAUGCAUCGUGAUCGGGGAACGCACCAAGCUCUAUGCCUGUACCGAUUGUUGCGAGAGCAAUCUGUGCAACAACGGUACUGGUACUGCCAACGACCUAACGAUCAAAGAAAUAGACCUUUUGCUGGCUCUUGUGCUCCAAGCUAUCUUGACCGUUAUCAUGUACUCAUCGUGACAGUAUCAAUAAAGCAUCUAGUUAUAAUUCCCCCUAUACCUAAUAUAAAAUCCGGAUAAAAUCUAAAAUGUUCUGCAUCUCUUAAUAUUUGAGUAACGAAACACAAUCUAAAAAUAAAUUAAUAACAUAUUCUCGAAUUUUGAGAUUUAUUCUUUGCAAACAUCAAAUUUAAUAGUCAACAACUCUAAUCUUCAUUUUAAUCUUUAAUUUGUGCAAGGCUAAUUAUUUUAAAUCAUUUUUAUACAACUGUUUCACACAUCAGUCUAUUUUAAGUAUGUGAUAAAUAUUUAAUUAUCACUCUGUUCUCGUAUUUUUUUUUGGCGUCUACAAUUAUAAAGUUGAAUUAAUUGUUGAAUUCUACAUUGACUUUAUGAGAUGAAGAUACAAUAAUGCAUGAUCACUAAUUUAAAUUUAUCGACUGUAAAUUGCGAGUAUAACGUCAUCUAGUGCUAUGUAACGAUACUUGAAUUCAAACCCUUAAGAGUAUCGACUGCGUACUAGCAAGAUUAAAAUUGUAAUGUAAAUAUC